GAAUUUGGGUAUAUGUAUAUUUCCUCAAACAAAGACUAUCGAUAGUGGCCAACCACCAUUAGAUAGAGCAAAACAAUGGAAUCAUUCGAUGGUAUCGAUAGUACCAUUGAUAGUUUUACAGCUUUAGUGCCGAUGUUUUUGGAAAAAAAAUUGUGCAUUUGUUUACGCUUGGGCUGUGAAAAAUUGAAUUGGUUUCGCCAUGCUUAAACUACUUCCCAGCAGCUCAUUUGGAGGUAAUCCAAGCGCAAAAUGUGGAGAAAUCUACUGUCACAGCUCCACCGAAUUUACCAUAGUUUGUUCGCUCUGCGGCUUGAAAGCAUUCCACUAUGAGGACUUCUUGUUGCACUGCAAAAAUGUACACUUCGAAAAUGAUUUGUUGAGGACUGAGGAAGUCCUUCUCGAAGUGACACCUUACUUGGCAGCAAAUGUGAAAGAUGAGCUUUUAAUUGAAGAAAACAGCGAUGACGUUGAAUUCAUGGAAGUGAACGACUUUGACAUAUCUGAUGCUGAGGACGAAAAGGCUGGAUUACGCAUCAUGAAAUGGGAACAGAAACAGGCUUUGUUUGAGUCUCUGGAGACUGGGACGCAAAAUGACGAGGAGGAUAAUUAUGAUAGGGAUCAAGAUUUCUCACCAACUUCACAUAAAAAAAAGCUUAAAGAAAUUAAACGUGUUCGAACUGAAACAUACAAAUGUGAAAUAUGUUCUCGUACUUACAAAAACAAACAUAAUUUACGCCUACAUUUGCAAAAAGCACAUAGUCCUGAAGGAGGAAAGACUUUAGCUAUACAAAUGCAAAAAUGCGAGGAAUGUCCGGAAGAAUUUAAAACAUUGCGUAGUUUGGAAGAUCAUUGCCUAACAGUGCAUGGAGGCAUGAAAUGUUCGCUUUGUGAAAGGAGAUUAACGUCAAGGACAAAUCAGUUAAGGCACAUUGAAACUCACACGCACGGAACAGAGCGGAGAUUUGCCUGCGAUUACGAAAACUGUACGAAACGCUUCUUUACACGUCGACAAUAUCAAGCUCAUAAGCGCAUCCACACCAGAGCCAAGAACUUCAUUUGUGAUAUUUGUGGCUAUUCUUGUCGAGUGCCUGAAAUGCUUAAGGUACAUUAUCGUUCACAUACAGGAGAAAAGCCAUACGCUUGUGAGGAAUGUGGAAAACGUUUUAUAUCUAAAUCGGCAGUCAGAGAGCACAAAGUAACGCAUGGUACAGAACGUCCACAUGUGUGCAAAGUAUGCGAUCGUUCAUUUGCUCAUGCAAAAUCUCUCUAUCACCAUAAGUUCUUGCAUCUAGAAGAGAAGAAAUUCAAAUGUAAGGUUUGUGGACAAGCAUAUGCGCAGCUAGCGGGAUUGGCUGGGCAUAUGAGACGACACCGCGAAGAUGCGUCGAUGGGCAGCCAUGAUGUCGAAAGUGAUAGUGAUAGUGAUGUACCAUGUACAUCACGACAAGCGCUGGCUCGAGAACAAAGGCGAAAGCUUCGUCGACAACGUAACGUGCAGUUGCUUGAAACACGCCAACAACAAUUUCAAAAAGUUGAGGCUCUGCGUGACUUCCGCUGUAGUCCAGAGUUGAUCGAAUAUACCGUUGAUGAUGGAGUGAAGCAAAAGUGCAGUAUAUACGCUUUCCAGGGAAAAUUUCACACAAAUAUCGACUAUAUUUUGCAACAACCACAGGUAUCAUGCCACGCAUUUACUGGCAACUGGUUGCAAUUUAUUACUACGAAAUUAAAUGGGUGCAUGAAUCGAGAUGGUAUAGUAUAUUUGCAAGAAGAACUCAAUUCAGUUAAGGAUUAUCAAAUUAUGCAAUUAGUAAUUACAGCUCACUUGCAAAAUAAUGGAAGCGACAUAAAUGUAAACGAUGCGAGUUCAUGCGACCGGAUAAUAGAGGCUUGCAACAAAAUGCGAAUUACCGCCAUCAUUGACUACCCUGGAGGUUUACCAGUAGCACCCAUAAAUGGAAAUUUAAUAAAAUGUUUCAAGGACCAAAUAACUGGUAAAUGGGGUUUGAAAGUCGUGAACAAUGCUAGUUCUUGCGGAGCACAACAAUUAAUCAAAACACUGGAAGAGGAAUUGGCAUAUAAACAAAAUUGCUUAUCAAAAGUCAAGGUUUUUUUUUUAAGGAAAAUGCUGCGAAAUUGUACGCUGCCUUCUAGUUAUGAACAAACUAGGACCAGCGUAAGAUGCGGAGAAAUUAUUUGUUACGACAAUGCGAACUUCACUAUAAUUUGUGUGCUAUGCAAGAUGAAGCUCUUUGAGUUCGAUGACUUCAUGUUGCAUUACCAGAACGUGCACUUGCGAGGCACUGUGCAUGACAGCGAUAGUGAUAAAGAUGGUGAACUUGAGGCAUGUAUAAAAGACGAGGAGUUUGAAAAUGUGGAGUAUUUAGCUGAAUUGGACGAAUGUGGCGUAAGCCCCAAAUGUGAAAUCAAGCCAGUAAGCAUACUGAGCGAAGCCACAACAAGCGAGAAGAAAAUUAUGUCACCUAAAAGAGAAACGGUGGAAGAGGAUGAUGGGGACAAUCCAAAUGAAUAUGACAUUACAGAAGAUGCUGGGACUAUGUCUGACGACGAAUUCGAUGAUGACGAUGUUGAAGAUUUGGAUGUGAAUAAUGGAAACGACGAUAAUGUUAUUUUGAAAAAGCCUAGAAAGCCAAAAGAGUACUCUUGUGCGCACUGCCAAAAAUCUUAUACCACUGAACGAAUACUGAAGCUUCAUAUAAACAUGAAGCAUCUGAGACCAAAGGACUUCAAAUGCGAUCAAUGCGAAGCUGAGUUCACAGAGCAGAGAUCUUUGGACUCGCAUAUACGAAAGGAACAUAUAGGGUUUUCGUGUACACAAUGUAACCGUGCUUAUAAAAAUUCGCGAUCCUUACGUGUACACCUAAAAUCACAUAAAGGUUUGAAGGAAUUUGUAUGUAAUUUUGAGAAUUGUGGUAAGGCCUUUGUUACUUCAUCACGUCUCAAAGUCCAUCAAAGAAUUCAUACGGAUGAACGAAAUUAUAUAUGCGAAAUAUGCGGAUAUCGUACACGGCAAAAGGAUGCACUUGUUGUACAUAAGAGAACCCACACCGGGGAAAAACCUUUUGAAUGUGCCACAUGUGGGCGGCGAUUUAUGUCGGCCUCUUUACUUAAUGAACACAAGCCAAUGCACUCUACAGAACGUCCACAUAAGUGUGAUGUAUGUGGAGCCGCAUUUUCUCGCAGCAAAGCAUUAUAUCAUCACAAACAUUUGCAUUUAGGAAUCAAAAAAUUUGUCUGCAAAUUGUGCGGGCGUGCUUAUGCCCAAAUGGCAGGGCUGGCGGGUCAUAUGCGACAGCAUAAAGCGGAGGAACAUAGUCUUCUCAAUUAAUAACUUUUGUGAUUAGGAUAAAAAAAAAAAUCCAUUUACACUUCCGUGUUAUUGGCUAAAAACAUUUAAUAAGAUAAUUUUAAGGUUAUAAUACGAGUAACAAAUAGGUAACAUUCAAAUUUUAAUCUCAUUGUGUACAAUUUAAUGGCAACAAUAAAUCGCUAUUAUAUAAUUUA